AUGCCCGAUCAGAAGCCUGCUCCCAAGAAGGGCGCUAAGAAAGCGCUGCCGAAACCAUCAGGUAAGGCUGGCAAGAAGCGCAGGAGACUGAGGAAGGAGAGUUACUCCAUCUAUAUCUACAAAGUGAUGAAGCAGGUUCACCCCGACACCGGCAUCUCCUCCAAGGCCAUGAGCAUCAUGAAUUCUUUCGUGAACGACAUUUUCGAGCGCAUCGCUGGCGAGGCUUCCCGCUUAGCCCAUUACAACAAGCGAUCCACCAUCAGCUCCCGGGAGAUCCAGACCGCCGUGCGCCUGCUGCUCCCCGGGGAGCUGGCCAAGCACGCCGUGUCGGAGGGGACAAAGGCAGUGACCAAGUACACCAGCUCCAAGUGAAGAGUGCUGCCAAAACAAACCGAAAACCCAAAGGCCCUUUUAAGAGCCACUCACUGUUUCAUGAACAGAGCUGCAUUUUUUCGUCAUAUUCUUUGAAUUAAAUUUCAAUGCCAGACG